CCUUUUCUCGCUCGCUGGCAGAGAGGGUGCCGACAAGAUGAAUGACACAGUGACCAUAAGAACUAGGAAAUUCAUGACGAACAGACUGCUUCAGCGCAAGCAGAUGGUGAUUGAUGUUCUUCAUCCUGGGAAGGCCACAGUCCCCAAAACAGAAAUCAGGGAAAAGCUGGCGAAAAUGUACAAGACAACCCCUGAUGUAAUAUUCGUAUUUGGCUUCAGAACUCACUUUGGUGGUGGCAAGACAACAGGCUUUGGCAUGAUCUAUGAUUCCUUGGACUAUGCAAAGAAAAAUGAACCAAAACACAGACUUGCCAGGCAUGGUUUGUAUGAGAAGAAGAAGACUUCUAGGAAGCAGCGGAAGGAACGUAAGAACAGAAUGAAGAAAGUCAGGGGUACAGCUAAGGCAAAUGUUGGUGCUGGCAAGAAGAAGAAAUGAAGUAUCUAGCAGUAACUGGAUGUACUUCAGGUGGAAAAUGGAUAACAACAGGCUACAUAAUUCCAUCAAGAAGUAUGGGAAGAACUGUUCUGGAAAGAAGUUGUUCAUCUAGCUUUAACAUUAAAUAAACUAUGUCAGUCAAAUCCUGGUUUGCCCUCUAGUUUUGAUUUAAUAGUUACCAUUUUGUAAAGUGAGAACUUCAGUAUCGGUGCAUUAUUUGCACUGUAUUAAAAUCUUUUCAUAAUUAAACAUCUUUUGUUUUGAGUAUCAAUCAAGUAUGAACCAAAGCUUUCUAGGGCAAAUGGUUUUAACAAAGUUUGAAGCAGGCGGUAUUUAUUCAGUGGAGGUAGGCAUACUUUCUGUCUUGCGGUGUUCAGUUUUUUUUCAAGAGCCCUUUUAAAAUGCACUUGUUUGACCUAUAUAUAUAACCUGUGGAGGAGAGGAAGGAAGAACAGAUCACAUCAGAAGAGAGAUUCAGAGCUGAUUGCUUUACAGUUGAGGUUUUAACUAUUACAAGAGUCUAGUACAGCCAGCUUUUUGUUCCUUGGUUUUCAGGGCAGACUCUAGGGUCUCCGCUCUGUGAACUGGAAAGUGUGCAUUUAAUUUCUCAUCUGGUAGGGUUAAAGGAGUCGUUUAAGAAACCUCUAAUCCAAUCUUAGUCUAAGUACAGUUUUUUAAAAUUAUUUAAAUUAUACCGCAUGUACUGAGGUAGAAGAUUGUAACAUAUGCAAGAAGUACCUUGUUUGGAGGCCAAGGAGGAGAAGCAGUCCUUGAGUCAGAGUGACUGGGAGAGGAUACUAAUGUUCCAGUAAGUUUCAUACAAGAUGUGGUAGGUAUGGAUGAAACUAUCAGCCUUUAGUUGAAGUAAUGGGAUUGUUUUUAGAAGUUCUUCCAAAAGAUAUAUGCAAAUUAAAAUCUGAAGAAUUGUUGGAGGCUUAUUAAAAAUGAGAUUUGUGUUGCUACAUAGUAUAUGUAUGAUCAACUGUCCGGUCCAUUGGAGUGUUUUAAGCAAGGGACAGUAAAUAUCUGACUGACAAAUGGCUUGUUAAGGAUGUGCAGCAAGCAUUAUUCACAUAAGGGGUAGGUAGAGUUAAACCUAAAUCUCUUUUGAUGGUACUAACUGGAACAGUACUUAAUAUGUGUUUGAAACUGGAGAAGCCAUGUUAAAUGUAACUGAGUACUCACUAGGGGGUGGUAUGAACACAAUGAAACAAAUGUAAGGAAGACUCCUGUAACAAUUUUUCAUUUAAAAAAAAAAAAAGCUGGAAGGAAGCAGAAUUGUCCUGCCCAAGAGGUCAACUCCUUUGAGAGUAAGCAUUUAAAAUUGCUGUUGAAGAUGUGAAGCUGUGAUACAUUGGUUCUAGGGUUUGUUUUUAACUGAAUGGAAAUUUACUUUCAGUCAAGACCAUGCAAUUUUCAAAAAUGUUGAUUACUUCAAGGCUGCAUAGUAAUAUUAUUCAAAUUUAAGUUGCUCUUCAGAAUCUUCCUUACCUUAGUUUUAAGCAAUCAACAAUCUGAAUAAAUACUGGCACAGAAGUAUGUUUUGCAGAGUUUUGAUGUCUUAAAAAUACAGUUUUAAAGGACAUGUGCUUCCUGAAGCACAAUUUAGUUUUGGAAUUGAAGGUUCCCUCAUCAAUAUUGUAAUAUUUGAAGUGCUUUUCAUUACAGGUUUACUCAAUACAGUGGGAUUUCAAAGCAAAUGGUUUAAAGUAGGCUGUGUAAUUGCCUGGUACGAUGGUGCUCCAUUAUGGUAAUAUAAGAUUGACAGCAGAAAAUAUUUACCUUGUGAUUCAGCCAAACAAUAGACUUUCCUUGUUAUGUGGGUAGGUUAUAGCUUCUUAUUGAGAAGUUCUACUCUUGCCUUGCAGUGGGAGGCAUCAAGAAGAAGAAAUAGGGAAGGGGGGAGGAAAUGGUCGAAUGAUUGAAGUUAAUUGGUCAGAUCAGGUCAUCCUAGUUGAGUCUUUGCACUAUUCUGCAACAUUUUCAAUGUGGCUGUGCUGUCAUUCAAUUUGAAAAAUGGCAGACAACUGAAGAGUGUCUAAAGAGAACUUCUGUACUUCUGCAGUCUGGAGGGAGAAGUGUCUCCUUGUGCAAGUUACUAUUCUGCCAGUGCUUUGCCUUUGUAUACUACAAUCUAAGCAAUGUGUAGCAGAUGUUCCCUAAUUCAAAAGUUAAAUGCAUAUAGCAUGCUGUGGAGAGACUCUAGGUUAAUCCCCUUUCCUGUGGGAGGUAAAACAAUUAAGUGGAAAGCACUGAUGAGGAGGAAUCUUCACUUCUUUUCCUACUGUGUGCUGAAGGUACCCUUUUAUUUCCUGCUGAUCUCAACACAUCCCAUCAUCUAUAAGAGAUAGUUUUUUUUGUCACAGUUAGCUCCUUUUGGACAUCAGCCUGGCCUUAAUAUUAGAAUAUCAAUUUCUAAAAAUGCAGAUUUGAAAGACUGCUUUUAUGUUUUGUAUCUAUUUAAUGAGCAAUCUGGAGCCUAAGUUAGACAACAGGAAUUUUGGAGAAGAUUCUUAGAACUAAUCAUAAGUUGAUCUGCAUGAAUUGCCUUUUAUUAACUCCACCAUAUUCAUGGAUAGUACUUGUUUGAUUUUUUUCUAUUUUUAGAACAUAUGCAAAUGUCUCAAAUCAUGGAGGGAUUUUUCUUGUGGUUGUAAGGACUCAUCUAUUGCUGACUAGUGAGGUAAAAUGAAUUCUUCCUCUGAUAUAUGUUAAAAAUUACAUAGAAGCCUUAGGGGGUGACUUAAAUUAGGCUAGAUUGAGUAGCCCAACUUGUUAGUGGUGUUCCACCUCCAGGUUCACUGAGAUGUAUGUGGUGCCUUAUAAGGCAAUUCCCAUCUGAGGGAGUGUAGUCUGGAAGGCAUAAAAGAAAGCUACAGCAUGUCCAAUUUAGCUUCCCACAUAAAUCUUAGGAGAAGAGGUAAGUGUUGUGAGGUCAGGUAAAGACAAAAACCUUAAUAUAAAUGAAAGAUAAAAUUUGGCUUUAGCUGGGCAUAGAGGUUGUCUUGGGAACUAUGUGGAGCAGGCAUGAGAACAAAUGUUGAGGUGGGAGAAAGCUGCAACUGAUAGUGAGCUGAAAUACAGGAGAUAACAUGCUCUGAGUAGAAUGCUGUACCAGUGUGAAGGGGGGGGGGAAGGCAGUGUAGGUUCUUUCUCAGGGGGGAAAAAAAAACAACCCAUAUUUAAACAAUAAGAUAUGCAGUUCAACCAGAUCUGCUUGUGAGAAUCAGAAAUUAACUUGCCCCUACUAUCCUGAUAUGUUCUUCAACCAAAUUCACUUUUAAGUCUUUAGUUUUUGUACAUGGAAGAAAUAUGACAUGCUUCUCUAGCAGCUGCUGGUGUUUGAUUCAUUAAAUAAGUUUGAAAGUCUAGUACUGAAUAUUCCCUGCUCAUGUGUCUGUAUUUGAGCAGAACUACAUAGUGACUGUUUUGAGUGGGUAUUUUUGUGGUGCUUAAAGAUCAGGUGGAAGUAGGCUUUUUUUGCCCCAGUUGCUCAUAGACUUUAAUGUGAAUAUAAGUUUCCAAUAUGGAUGUGAAUAUUUUUGUUCAUUGAUAAUACAGUGUUUGUUUAUUCAUUCAAAACAUCAUAGCAAUAAACCUGUUAUGUUUAUAAAUGCAUUGGUUGCAAUGCUUCUAAUAGGUAGAAAAGAAAGGUUGAACUCUGACAAGUCAAUGUCAGAACUAGGCAUGCUCUAGAACUGUGUUUUGUUUUCCUUCUCUUUAAGGACAUUAAAUGGAAAUGUAGUCCUAAAUUGUAUGUUGGUAAUUUGUUAACUCUACAGUGUUCUGUCUUAAAAACUCAGACAAGGAUGACAAACACCUGUGGAAUUCUAUCCAUCUGGAAUUCAAUAAGCUUCUUCCUGAUUUAUCUUGGCUCUCUGUAAAAGGCUGUGGUUAAUGAAACAGCUGCAGGAGUGUCUAAAAAGCAUUCUGUGCACCAGAAGACAAUUGUGUUGUGGGUUUUUCUGCUAAUGCUGCAAAUAAAGAAGAGGAAAAACCUCCAUCUUUGUCAGUUACUGCUAUUCAUUCAUAGAACUCCUAUGUAAGUAGCAAAUUGAGGCAGAGGUAUAUUUGAAGUACCUGUGACUUAUCACACAGUAGAUGGCUUAUGCUCAGCAAAAACAGAAGUGCUAGUGCAAUGCUUUGUUACAGACACGGUUCAUAAUUGUAUUCCUUGGGUUCAAAUCCUGCUUGUUACAUAAUGAACUGGCCAGACUGGAAAUACCUGUGUUAAGAGAAACAUGCUUCACUGCCUUUCAUGAUGAUUUCAUUUGAUUGUUCUGAGCUAUUUCCCUGCUAUCACUUCAUGUCAAUUCUUACUAGCCUGUUUGCUAAGCCAGGCAUCGUUUGUGUUGAUUUGAUAACGGGUUUCCAUCACUGGUAAUAAAACUUCUGCAGCAAA